GAAGAAAAGGGGAUAGAGCGUCUCCCCACCCUCUCUCAGGGAGGAAACAGAGCCGGAAAAGAAGAAGCCUCCGAAAGGCCGCUCUGGGAAGGUCUUCUCGUUGUCUCAGGUGCUACCAGGAAAACCUUUGGAGGAAGUUCUGCUUGCAGGAUCCCAUCUGGCUCAGUCACCGGGACCAGAAGUUUCGUCUUCUCAGCUUUUGGACUCGUGCUGGAGCUCAUCCUCCUGCCCAUCUUCCAACCUUUUGGCCAAAGUUCUGCUUGUUACAGUUUCCUUGGAUUGAAAGCUGUGGACGUGAGCAGCCGCUGGAAACUAUGCAGAGGGAGGAACACAUUGGCCAAAGGUCCCUUCAGAGGAAUCUGGGGAGACUCUACAAAUGCUCCAAGUGCGAAAAAUCCUUUGCUCACCGGUCCCUCUUUUUGAUCCACCGGAAGCUGCAUACGGGAAAUGGAUCCCACCUGUGUUUUCAUUGUGGAAACUCCUUUCCUGGAAUGUGGAGCUUUGCCAAACAUCUCCGGAGCCACCCUGGACUGAGGCCUUAUAAAUGCGGAGAGUGCGGGAAGCGUUUUGCUAAAGGAUCGGACCUUGGAGCCCAUCAGGGAAUCCACCAGGGAAAGAGAUCUCAGGAAUCCUGGAAGCGCUGGGGAAGAUUUCCUGGGAGACUGCAUCUUUCUAGGCCUCAGAACAGCCCAACUGAAGAGAAGCCCUGCAAGUGUGUGCAAUGUGGGCUGUGCUUUUCUCAAACCUCGCAGCUUCUUAAACAUCAGCAAAUCCACACUGUACAUAAACCAUAUCAAUGUCUGGAGUGUGGGAAAUGUUUCUGUUAUAAAAAAUGUUUUAGAAAACAUGAGAAAAUUCACAUAGGGCAGAGUCCUUAUAAAUGCUUUGAGUGUGGAAAAUGUUUCACUCGGAGCUCAUCUCUUUGCCAACAUAAUAAAACACACACAAAGGAGGAAAACAAAACGUGUCUAGAAUGUGGGAAAUCUUUUUCCAGGAAAUCAUACCUGCUGCAACAUCAGAAAAUUCAUACAGGAGAAAGACCCUAUCACUGCCCAGAAUGUGGAAAAGAUUUUUCCCAAAGGACACACCUAAUUCAACAUCAGAGACUUCACACUGGGGACAGACCUUAUCAAUGCUCAGUAUGUGAGAAACGAUUUGUGGUUUCUUCUGAACUUCGGAGACAUCAGAAGAAGCACACAGGAGAGUUGCCCUAUAAAUGUGGGGAGUGUGGGAAAAGUUUUCUCACAGCAACACAACUACGGGCUCAUCAGAGAAUCCACACGGGGGAAAGACCCUAUCAGUGCCCAGAAUGUGGGAGAUGUUUUGGCCAGAAGUCAAACCUAAUUCGACAUCAGAGACGUCACGCUGGGGAAAAACCCCAUGAAUGCCCAGAAUGUGAGAAAAGAUUUGUGGAGUCUUCUGAACUUCAGAGACACCAAAGGACCCACACGGGAGAAAAACUAUAUAAAUGUAAUGAUUGUGAUAAAUAUUUUUCUUUUAAGGAAACUCUUUUUCAACAUCAGAGUAUCCAUACAGGGGUGAAGCCCUAUAUGUGCAUUGAGUGUGGAAGAUUUUUCCGUACAAUACAAAGCCUCAGAAGUCAUGAGAAUGUUCACAGAGGGGGAAAAAAUUUAAAAUGUUUAGACUGUGGGAAAGCAUUUGCUUCUUCAUCAUCCCUUAGAAUUCACUGCCAAACUCAUACGGGUGAGAAACGCCAUAAAUGCUCAGUGUGUGAGAAAUCUUAUACCCGGAAAGAUACACUUGUGAUGCAUCAGAGAAGCCACUUAGAGAAGACGUUUUUCCCAAAAACAAGGCCUUGGAAGGCAUCAAAAGGUCCAUAUGCGAGUGAAGCCAUAGAGAUGCAUAGAGUGUGGUAAUGUUUUGCUCAAAACCGAGACAUGAGGAAAAUCAAAUGGAAAAGGCCCUUGUAGGCCCAAAUGGUAGAACAGUUUUUCAUAGUUGUUCAACCCCUAGAAGUGAUAUAAGAGUUCAUUAAGGAAGGGGAGGGAAUUAGAAACUCUCAGAUCAUGGAUGCAUUUUCUUCUCAAUCGUCCCUUACAAAUCACACCCUAAUCCAUAUAGGAAAAAUGCACUUUAAAUGUUUGAAGUGUGGUGUAUGGUUUAGCUGGAAAAAUACUCUUUCGGCAUCAGUGAAUUCUUACUGGAGAGAAACUUUUUAUCAGGGCUUAGAAUGUGGUGAAGUUUUUUAUCUGAUCAUCAGAUCUUCAGACGCACAUGAAAAAUCCACACAGGAGGAAAACCUUACAGGUGUAUAACAUGAGAAUACUUUUCCUUGCCAGAUGGAACAUCUUGCCUCCUGGAGUUUGUCCGUUAAAAUUGCUUCCUUGGAAAUUUUCUUGCCAAAUUAAAAAAAAAAAUCAUAAUUGUGUAAAGUUUUAAUUCUAAGAUGUGUAUAUGAAAAUCUGAUAUGAAUGUGAAAACCUAAUAGCUAAUGUGAAAUUGUCUGAAAUACUUUUAAGGAUUCCUGCCUUGGGCAGGGAAGCUGGGACUAGAGCAGGGAUCUCCAUCCUUGGCUGGGGAAUUCUGGGAAUUGAAGUCCACCAGGCUUAAAGUUGUCAAGGUUGGAGACCCCUGGACUAGAAGACUACAACUCUGUUAUUGUGUGAUAGGUCCUUUCUAGCCAGAGGUAGUAUUCAACCAGUUCAGACGGGUUCAGGCGAACCCGUAGCGGAAAUUUUAACUGGUUCAGAGGACCGUCAAAUAUCACUUCUGGCUACCCUGCCCCCGCUCGCUAACCGCCCACCACUCGGCCGCCCACUGCCCGCUCGCCCCGCCCUAUAUAACUUGCCUUCAUCACGCAGCCCAGCUAAUCUCCUCCAUGCCUCACCCGCCCUGCUCAUCAAAAGUAAGCAUGCCAUUUGCUCACCCUUAGCCUCAGGCCCCAACUCAGGCAUGCACCAUUCCCCGGCUCCAGCCUUCCCCCGGAGCCUUCCCCCGCUGGCUGCUUGCCUCAGCUGGGUUGGGGAAUGCUCCAUUCCCCAGCUCUGGCCUUGCCCUGGAGCCUCCACCCGCUCUCGGCUGUUUCGUGUAAUGUGCCAUUUCUCAGCUCCAGUCAUGCCCCAGAGGCUCUGGCUGUGCUCCUCAGCUUGGUCAUGGAAUGUGCCAUUCUCUGGCUCCGGCUUUGUCCCAGAGCCUCUGCCAGCUCGCCUCGGCCUGGUCAGGAAAUGCGCCAUUCCCCCACUCCAGCUUUCCCCCGGGCGUCCGCCCACAUGCCACCACUCCCCUGUGGUCUGAAACUAUGCCCCACUGGGCCAAAGCAAUUGAUUUGGCCUGUGGCCUGCUGUGGUAGGCUGAGAGGCCGCCUGGAUGGGGUGGCAUGAGGCCAGGAAGGCCGAAGUGGUUUAGGAAUGGACUGGACGGUGGUUCUUACCUUUAAGAAGUCCUA